CUGUAUAAUAGAUGUUUUUUUAAGUAGGCUAUAUUGUCAAAGGACACAGGUAUCCGCUGCAGUGAUUUGCAGUAACCAGCCACCAGCAAAGCCACUUACUGAAUGAACGCCUGCGGUGAUAAUUGGAGCCUAUAGUCUAACUGCGCCUGGAUCAAAUGUGCUUUAAGGCUCGAGUGUAUUAUUACUGCUUAAAAGAGCGUGUAAAGUACCCGUCCAGGUUCUGAGCCUGUGUGUGUGUGGGUUAGCUGUAGUGGAAUGGGCUGGUUUAUUCAUUUUGAAUUAUGAACUGCUCUACCUCAUCUUAUAUUGUGACUGAAUGGAAUAGAGUAGAAUGUUCUGUGAGUGUAUAAGGAAUGCAGGCUGUUUUAGGUACACAGAACUGGUGAAAGUAGUGACGGGUGUCGUAUGAGUGGUAUAAAAAAGUCCGACGAAAGUCUGUAACCCGUUUACAAAGCGUUGUUCGAUGUUUCAGUAACGGCGCACAUGAUUGGCCCGUCUUGAGUGCGUGUAUCCAAUCAAACUCCAUUUUGCUGUUACUAGGAAGUAGAAGACGCGCUGGAGCCGAACGCUGCUAUCUAUCCCUUGAACUCAUUAGUGUGAUAAUUGACAGCUAAUGGACAGAAAAGAUACAUUUUACGGAAGAAAAGUUGCGUGGCGAACAUCGUAACAUACGUUUUCUACUAGCAUGACGCUAUCGGUCUCAGCAUAGCAGAGCUAGCGUUAGCAGUGAAGGCUAAUUUACCCUCACAACGGUGGAAGUUACCGCUAGCUAAUGUGGGUAAUGCUAUAUAACCUAGGGUGGCUUGUUUAACCACAUUAGUGCUUAAUAAUGUCUCACACGUCGGUCGUAAAAUCCCAUUUUGCCCGUUCACCGGUUAACUGUUGAAACGUUGCUUAACAAAAAUGGCAAGCACCGUGUUGGAGGUCGGUACGGGCGUUUUCGUCAUUGCGGUGGUUUGGAUUGUGGCUCUGGUGUUUGGGAUGAUGCUGCUGAGAGCAUCUGGAUCAGCAAAGCUAGGAGUUAUCCCUGUUUUCCUUCUGGCUCUCACCAUCACUUUGGCGCUGGUGUUUUUCCCUCGCAGCCCAGAGACGACUCCCCCUUUCAAAGAGAUACAGUGUACACAACUUAAGACAAGCAGGGCUUGACAAGAGCCCCCCCACCCCCCCUCCCCCUUCAUGUGGGCUACAGAAUGCAUCCCAAACGGAAACAGCAGGAGAGCCAGUGUUUGCUUCAUGGCCAACUGUUUGCAGGUUAUUGACUGUUUACAACCAACGGAAAUGAGACAUCCAACAGUACCCCGGUUGUUUAUUUAUAUUUUGUAUCAUUUAAUACACAAGAAGAAUAAAUAGUUUCUUAUUUCA